UAUUUAUCAAGUGGUGAGUCCCAUGUCGCGAUUUGCGGCAAUUGUGGAUACGGGAUCCAAGACAGCCGCCCGGAAUUAUAUUCUUAAUGACCUACAACUUCGAUAACGUUAUCAUAACAGAGAAACUAUGAAGAAAGAAGUCGAUAUGAAGACCAAAGAAUAUCUCUGCAACAGGUGUUUGAGCUAUGCGUGUUGAGGCAGAGGAGAACAAGGUAGUCAGCCAUCAGGUGAACUUUAUCGUCGUGCGCAAUUAUAGGCUACCAGUAUGCAUGAAUUAUGUUAACUUUAUUAACUCAAUUACUAAAAUGACUCGUAAUUUGACAAUUCUGUUGAUAUUAUGUAAAACAACAUUUGUUUUUGAUAAGUAAAAUGACCAAAUACAUGCUCAUUGAAAGACACCUGUCCAAAGAAAUAGGCUUUUUUCCCCUCACUUGGAUGAUGUAUGCAGAUCUCUGUCAAUUCAACGAGAUAUGCUUCUAAAUAGUGGACAUACAUUUGUUAUCUUACUGUAAUGAUCACAGGACUGACAUUUUAUUGUUAUCUACGAAGAAAAUURUUCAAGAGUUAAAUAGAGGUUAAACCUCAUCUAGAUGCUGCGUUUAUAAAUACGGAGGAGUUGUCUAGCCGCAGUUAUGGUGGUGGAGAGGACACUGCUUGCCUCAAGGCAGGGGGAUGUACAAACUCUGAAAGUGCAAUUAGCGGAGAAAGUACUGAACAGCGACGUAAAGGACCUUCUCGGAGCCUCACCUGUCCACCAUGCCGCCCGUGCUGGAAAACUGACUUGCCUACGUUUCCUCGUGGAAGAAGCGGGUUUACCCGGCAACAGUUUGGCGAAUAAUGGCGCCAGCCCCGCACACGACGCCGCUGCCACUGGUAACCUGGCCUGCUUACAGUGGCUAUUAACUCAAGGUGGAUGUCGUACCGCGGACCGGGAUAGUUCUGGAGCCACCGUUCUCCACCUCGCCUCCCGGUUCAGCCAUCACGAGAUCACAGAUUGGCUGCUGAAGAGCGGGGAAGCGGACACUGGGGCGUCCACAGACACUGGGGCCCUGCCUGUCCACUAUGCUGCUGCCAAGGGAGACCUGCCCUCCCUCCGUCUCCUGUUGGGACACAGCCCAAAUGUUGUCAAUUCCCAAACAAAGAAUGGUGCCACACCCCUAUACCUGGCCUGCCAGGAAGGUCACCUGGAGGUUGUCCAAUACCUGGUGAAAGACUGUGUGGCGGAGCCAGGCAUCAGAGCCAAUGACGGGAUGACACCUCUGCACGCCGCCGCCCAAAUGGGCCAUAACACUGUCAUCGUCUGGCUGGUGAGUUUCACAGAGAUCAGCCUGUCCGACCGGGAUGGUGACGGUGCCACGGCUAUGCACUUUGCCGCCAGCCGUGGUCACGCCAAGGUGCUCAGUUGGCUGCUGCUGCACGGCGGCGAGAUCAUCACCGACAGCUGGGGCGGAACGCCGCUACACGACGCCGCCGAGAACGGGGAGCUGGAGUGCUGUCAGAUCCUGGUGGUGAACGGCGUGGACCUGGGCAUACGGGACCAGGACGGCUUCUCCGCGGCCGACCUGGCAGAGUACAACGGGCACGCCCAGUGUGCCAAGUACCUGCGCAAUGUGGAGAACAUGAGUGUGGAGCACCGCGUGCUUUCCAGAGACCCAUCGGCUGACCUGGAGUACAACAAACAGCCUGACUCAGGUUUGUCGUCCCCCAACAACACCAUGCCCCCGGCGGGGUCGGGGCAGGCCCAGCAACCCGCCCMCUUCGACAUGGGCUCGCCCUCCAGCACUCUGUCCAAUUACGACUCGGCCAACUCCAGUCAGUCCAGCACAGGAGGGAAAAGGAGCGGCUCGCCCCCAUCGUCGCGAGCCCCGGCUGGUGGGGGGCCAACAGAGUCGACCAUCAAUGACAUGCAGACCUACAUGGACAUGCUGAACCCAGACGUAGGGGGUGGAGUUUCCAACAGCAAGGACCCCGCCACCAACGCCACCACUCAGCAGCCUCCCCCACCCCCGCCAGCCUUUCCACCACCCCCCCCCCCUGACUGCCCCUCCCAACUACCUCCACCCCCUGGCUACCCGCCACCCCAGCCCCCCGAGGACUCAGACGCCGAGAUCUACUUGAAGGUGAAGAGCAACCUGAGGCAUGUGGAGAAUGAGCAACUGACUCCAGGAGAUCACCACGAUAGGCUGCGUCGGGUGGACUCCAACAGAAAGUCUCGAAACUUCAACAAGCAGCCCAGCACCGGGGACUACUACAAAGCCCUGGGUAGCGACACGGUCGACAACCGUGGGAUCAGAGCCAUGGCGCCUAACGAGGAGGGUUCUGUGCUAUUGGAGGAGCCAGCCGACAGCCGCCCCCAGCCCCAGAACGGCACCACGGAGGAGUUGUCCCUCCCUCUCCUCUCUCCUCCUCUCCCACCUCCCUCCCCAUCGGCAACCCACCCCGGCACCCCUCCUCCCCCACCACUGCCCUCGGAAUGCCCCCUACCAGUAAGCCCUUCCUCAAACACCAACCAGCGACGCCCCUCCUCCUCUUCAGGAAGCAACAAAUCUUUCAACAUGAUGUCCCCCACCGGAGACAACUCUGAGCUGCUGGCCGAAAUAAAAGCGGGGAAGAACCUGAAGCCCACUCCACACAGUAAAGGCUACACGACUGUCUUCUCCAACAGUGGCCCGCCGGGCAACAACGGAGAGAGCCCUACGUCCCCGCCUCCGACCCGCACGGUCAGCCCGCCAUCAGCCAAGCCCAUGUCCCCGCCCCCUGCUGCCAGCGCCACUUCGCCACCCACCACCCCCAGCCCGGUUGGCACCGGCACGCCCCGGACCCUCUCCACCUCUCAGAGCAGCGAGCAGCUCCUCAAUGGGAAUGGCAGCGGAGCAGCGUCGGCAUCUAGCCUGAUGGGCCAGACCCGGAAGGGUAGCCUGGCGGACGUGGAGGCCCUAGUGCCCACACACGAUGAGCAGGGCCGGGCCAUCCCCGAGUGGAAGAGGCAGGUGAUGGUGCGCAAGCUCCAGGUCAAGAUGCAGGAGGAGGAAGAACACAAACGCAAGGUGGACGAGGAGGCGGCGCGCCUGGCAUCCAUGCCAGCGUGGCGGAGGGACAUCAUGAAGAAAAAGCUUGAUGAAGAGAAGGAGCAAAAAAGAAAAGAGGAGGAGCGAGCAAAGAAGGAGAAGGAGAGYGAGGAGAAGACGGAGCAGGAGCGACUACGGACCCUGGGUUACGACGAGAGCAAACUGGCGCCAUGGCAACGGCAGAUCAUCCUAAAGAAAGGAGACAUAGCGAAACCGUAGACAGCCCUUCUCCAUGGCACCCCCAGGUCCUUGCCCACAUCAACCUCCCUGUCCAACCCUCUGCACCUUCAUUGUCAACCCCCCCAACCCAACUACCAUAAAGACCCUAAGUCUUGAAUCAUAUACACUAGCUUACUUUACGUCAAGUUGUUUAACAUGACACUUUGUAGAAAGUUCCCACACCGUACACUAUCACAACCUUGCUCAAUGUUGGUCUCUCUUGUGGGGCAUUGUGGGAAAAGUAGUUUUUUACUGUGGUGAUUACAUCUGUCAUGGCUAUAUGUCCAGCCAUUUUUCCCAAAUGUCAUCUGUUUUCCCUGCAUCUGCCACACCCCCUACUUACAUUGAUAACUGAGCUCUUAAACUAAACUGUUGUAGGCUACUGUAUGUUUGCUUUUAGGAUGGAAAGUGUCAUGGUCAACGUAAUAAGCAACAGCUUGUUGAACAUAACCUCCAGUAAAGUGUAAUUCAGAGUGCAAUGACGCAGUGAUGCGAUAGUCCGGCAUCCCAUUGUGACAUAGCUACGAGGCUCUGAGGCCACCGUCCGCGGGGGACGCACAGCCCGAAUGCGCACCUCCCCCAUAAUUCCCAACCAACGCGGCUCGUCGUACACGUCCUCUAUUCAUUUGAAUGUGUUGAUAGUUGGAGAGAUUGCUUGAGCUGUGCUGAGAAUUUGAAAAGGAGGAAAGCCAACGGUCCAAUAUUCUAGAACACUGCUGUGCGUACACAUACACGUUUUGGACUCCGAUAGAUGCUUAAGACUUAAAUAUUUGUUUUCCUAUGACAGCAGGCAUUUCUAUACUGCAUAUAUCCUAAUCUGCAUUUAAUGCACAAAGACAUGGAAUCAGGCCAUUCUACGUAAUGAUGCUAUUUCUCACCGAGCCCAUCUGAACUGCAGAGAUAUUAUUGAAACAGAUGGGAAAUUGAUAGAGGUCCCUCCUUUACAUGUUGUAAUUUUUUCAGUGGACAUGAAUAUCAUAUGGUUUUUAACUGCAACCAGAAACAUUUUUAAAAUGGGUUUAAUUUUGCUAGUUCUGGAAAGCGUAAUUUAAGUAACGUAUCAUCUUAAAUUAAUAAUUAAUAAAUUGAGCAUAUAACCCUUUUUUAUUUUUCAAUGAAUGUCAUUAAAUGUUAAGUUAUUGUGAUCAUGGUGAAUUGUUUGUGUCUUGCAUAUUGUGUCUUAUGGAUGUCAUAAUCUUCUGUGUUGUCAAAACAAAAGCACGUCUCUUGUUAUCCAAGAGAAUUGAACACCCCAGACCACAUUUCACAACCAUGCCAAGAAAUAUCCAUGCAACUUUGAAAAAAUACUAUUUAGCAAAUCUCUGAGUUCAACAAGCAAACAUGUUUUUUUUAAGUGAUCUGGAAAAUAUUAGGAGCACAAUCGUAACAGAAGUCUAACCAGCAAACUGAAUGUUGCAAAAGUCCUCAAAAAACAUCAGUGACUCCUGUCCUGUGACCUAUAUCUGGUUUGUCCUAGUAAACCUUGGAAGUUAAUAUUUUAUGAGCAGAUCCCUUUACUAGAGGAGAAUGUUCUCUCUUUCUUUCUUUCUCUCCCCCACUCUCUCUCCUCUGUGUGUGUGUCUGAGAAACACAAGUCCUCAUGGAUGCCCUUUUUCUUUGUGUGUUCUCCGGCUAAAAUGAAACACUCCUUCAAUUAUGCUGCUCUGUGUAUAAUACCAUUAUGUGGAUCACAGGAAAAUGUUGGCUUUCUAUUCUUUCUCAUUGUUUUCCUUUUCACCUACAUUAUUAUUUUCAAUCCACCUACAGGUUUUAAUUUAGGCAAAUUGUGUUUUUUUUGCCAGGGGACCAAACUAAAGGUAACUCGGGCAUCAUCUUUCUCAGAAAUGACCAUAGACACAUUGUAGGUUUUAUAGGUUGGUAGACUGUGCACUGUAGUUGUUGUGGCUAGAGUUGUUGGACCAGAGAAAUGUGCCAGAUGUGUCUUUCUGAAUGUGUAUAUAACAAAUAUAUGGGAACCCCUCAAUGUCAGAAAAUGUGCUGUAGGUUUACUUUGUAUAUUUUGGGUGUAUCAAACAUAUACAUUACAUACAUAAUAUAUUAGGAAGUGCAUGGUCCUUUGUUGAGAAAUCAUUUGGAAAUAUUCAAUUCAUUGGAUGCCAUAUUGAUGUUGAAAUUCAAAACUAUGUAAACGUCAUUGCCAUUAGAAGAUUUUCUAUACAUAAAUACUGUAUAUAGUAACCCUCAAUACUUGUUGUUUCAUUGUUCCAAAAUUGCAUGAUAUUACAGUUCUCAGCCUUGCUUACAUAGAUUAUUGCUUCAUUAAUGUAAAACUAUAUUUUCAGACUGUCAAAUGGAAUUAAAUAAAUAAAUUACAAUUUA